AUGGCAGCUAAACGAUUCUUUGAUGACUCCGACCCCGACCCGAACCAACGGAAUAACAAGCGGAUAAAAUCUACCGCUACUAGACCUUCUUUCGCUUCUGUCAUUAAAGAAGUGGUUAUGGUGAAUUUCCUAGACAAUGUCUCUUCCGCCUUGGAACCCAUGCUCCGUCGAGUGGUUAAUGAAGAGGUGGAAAAAGGACUGAGGCGUUAUUCAUGCCGUACAAUAAGUAGAUCUCCUUCACUGCGAAUCAAAGCAUUAGAGCCGUCAAUUCUCCGUCUCAUCUUCAACAAAAAUCUCCAUCUUACAAUCUUCACCGGCAGCAAAAUCACCGGCGUCGAUGGACGGAAUCUCCAAAUUCUACUGGUGGAUACAAGCGGCGAAGGCAUGGUUCCGACGACUUUACCGUAUCCUAUAAAAGUAGAAAUCGUCGUACUCGACGGAGAUUUCCCUUCUGAAACGAAUUGGUCACGUGAUGAAUUCGACAAAAAUAUCGUUAAGGAGAGAACUGGAAAGAGGCCAUUGCUUACCGGUGAACUCAAUUUCACGAUGCGUGACGGCGUCGCUACCGUUGGGGAAAUCGAAUUCACUGAUAAUUCGAGCUGGAUUAGGUGCCGGAAAUUCAGAAUUGGUGCAAAAGUGGUUCAAACUGGGAAUAAUCAAAAUACUGUUCGAAUUACAGAAGCCAUUACUCAAGCUUUUAUGGUUAAAGAUCACCGCGGAGAAU